AUUAAUGGCGAAUUUUAACAAAAAGCUAAACUAAAUGUUUAUUCGCCUCAAACGGAUUACUUUUAGAACUUGAAAUAACCAUUAGAAUUAUUAAUUCGUGAUAGCUUUGCGUCCGAUGAGUCGUUUACACCCGAAGGAAGAGAAUUCUAUAGUAAAAGUUAUAUAUUAGGUGAAGAUAUUGCAAUUCUAUUCUAGGUCGAAAAAGGAAGGGAAGAUCGUGAGGUCGAGCGAAAAAUGAGCGUCAUUAUAAGAUUACAAAACUUACCCUGGUCGGCGAACGCCUUAGAUAUCAGACAGUACUUCCACGGGCUGAGCAUCCCCGAGGGCGGCGUGCACAUCGUGGGCGGCGAGCUGGGCGACGCAUUCAUCGCAUUCAGCACCGACGAGGACGCCCGGCAGGCGUUCACCCGCAGCAAUGGCAAGAUCAAAGAGGUCCAGAUCACUCUCACGCUGAGCUCGCGCACCGAAAUGCAGCGCGUCAUCGAGCAGGCGCGCUCCCAAUCGUUCAGCGCCUUCAUGCAAACGCCCGCCGUCGCCGCCGCCGCGCCCGCUCCCGCCGCCCCGCCCGCCCUCGACGCCACCAAACCGGACCGAAAGCGCGACGCCGGCCGGCGCCGCUCGUCGCGCUCCAAGUCGCGCGAGCGCCGCGACCGGUCCCGCGACCGGCGCGACCGCCGCCACCGGCGCAGCCGCUCGCGGUCGCGCGACCGCAACGACAGGAAGUCGCGCCGCGGCCGCGACCGCUCCCGCGGCCGCUCCAAGUCCAAAGAGCGCAAGAGCAGGGACAGAAAACGCGGCGGCGGCGGCGACGCGAACGAUCUCGCCGCCAAGAAAAUCGUGCCCGAAGUGUGGUCGAAACCGCAGGAGGCGGCGCCGGCGCCGGCGGCGUUGCCUUUGCUCGCGUUCAACGCCAACAGAAGCUUAGAGGGAUUGGACAAUUUGAGCGCCCAAUUCGCUUUGGCCAAUACCAAUCAGUUUCCUUCGUUGUUCAACAACAGAGCGCCGCCGAUGAGAGACUGGCCGCCGCUCGCCGCCGCUCCGUUCCUACACGAUAACUACCACCACGUCGACAACAAUCCCGCGCCGUUGUUCAACAACCGCUUCCCCAAAAACUACCUAAACAAUAACAACAACAACAACAACAGGCACCACCAUCACCACCACAACCAGCACCAGGACGGCGAGGAUUGUUGCGUGUCGCUGGAGCCGUUCUACGGCGGCUACGGCGACGUGAGGCGGUUCUUCCAAGGGCUGUUCAUCGGCAGCACCGGCAUCAAGUUCAUCAACGAUCGCGCCGGUCGCAGCACCGGCGUCGUCUUCGUCCGCUUCGCCAGCAGAAAGUUCAAAGAGGAGGCGAUGAACAUGUACGGGCGGCCGCUGAACGGCGUCGCCGCCGUCGUGACGCACAUCGCCGACGAGGAAUUCGACGAGGCCGUCGACCGGUACAACCCGAGGAUCGACGACGAUCGCCCGAUCGACGACGGAGCUACUAACGCGACGUUCCGCAGCCGGAACAUCACCAAGUACUUCAACAACAAACCCGGCAGGAACGGCGACGGUACCGGCGAGGAUGCCAAAGCGUUUUCUUGUCUGACGGUCGACGAUUUGCCGACGUACUGCAAGGAGCAGGACAUCUUGCACAUGUUCUCGCAACAUCCGCUCGUCGCUCUGAUCCUAACGACGAAGAAACGAGGCGGGCACGUGGCCUACGUGAAGUUCAGCGGAGCGGACGUGGCCCGGCAGGCGCUAGAAGAGGACGCCCACCACGUGGUGGGCGGCAAGCCGGUCACGGUGCGGCCCUGCGGCGACGAAGAAUUCGACGAAAUCAAUCGCAAGCACGAGGUGAACUUGGGCGACGAUCAACAACAACAACAGUUACAACAAGCGAGAGAUAGAGACUGUUGUCGGGUGACCGGCCUGCCGGACAAGACGACCGACAAGGACGUGGCCGAUUUCUUCUCGGACAUCGGCGUCGUGCCGGUCAAGGUGUACCUGAUCGACGACAACGCCGGCUUCUCGGGUCGGGCGUACUGCGAAUUCGCCGGCGCCGAAGAGGCGGCGAAGGCCGAGCGCAAGAACGGCACCGCCAUCGACGAUACCACCGUCGCCGUCGAGCUGAUCGCCAGAGAGGAAAUGCUGGAGGCGCUGAAGAAACCCGACGAGCAGCAACAGCAGCAGCAGCACCAGCACCAGCAGCAACACGACCAGGAGCAAAAGCAUCCGCCGCGCCAGCCGCUGUUCAACUUCCGCCCGUCGUUCGGGCACCGGGGCGGCGGGGGCGGCGGUCCGCGGUUCGGGCCGCGGUUCAACAACCGGUUCGGGUUCCAGCCGCCGGCGGGGCGGGACGUGUUCGAGGACGCGCCGCCCGGGUGCACGUUGUAUUUGAAGAACGUGCCUUACAAGGCGACCACCGGCGACAUAUUGGAGUUCUUCGAGGGGUACCGGCACACGAACAACGUGAGCAGGCGGUACAAUCCGAACAACACGCCCAGCGACGAGGCGAAGAUCGUGUUCGCGGAGCCCGAGGAGGCGGCGAGGGCGGCGCGGGAGCUGCAGAAGGCCAGGAUUUGGGACAGGCAGAUUUUUUUGAGGCAGGAAUGAGGCGGUUUAUUUUUUUUUAUUUUUACUAUACGUACGGGGUAAAUCGAUGCGUAGAUGUCGCGGAGUAUUUGGUGAAAUCGAUAUCCGAGACGCCCUGUAUAUAAUUCAAUACCUGAUUAGAACUGUAGGUGGACUUGUAUGUAUUAAAGCGUAGACUUAUAAGGUUUCUUUUUAGUUUGUAAUUACUUGACAAUGUUGAUUUGAUUUUCAUUAAAAUUGUAUAUGAUUACUAUCAUUUUAGUGUUGAAAUAGAAACCGACCAAUACCUUUUAAUUAAUUAAGCUACUUGACAGUAUUAGAUUUUACACAAACUUCUAAAAAAAAGUAAGUAGAAAAUAUACAGGGUGUUCCAAAAUGACGUGCUAAUAUUUAAGGGAGUGAUUUCUGGACCUAUUUUAAGGAAAAAAACUUCGUAUGAACCUAUGUCCUAAACGUCUUAACUUUUGAGAUACAGGGUGUUAAAGUUUUAAGAAAAAUAAUCAUUUUUUUUGUAAUAACUGUGAUAAAAUUGUAGAUAUCUUUAUGAAAUUUGGAACACGUCUUCUAUGAAUCAAGAUGCAUUUUCUGAUGCACAAAUAAUUUUAUUAUUUCCAGCAGUGGCGUCCGUACGUGCUUGGCAUUGAAUAUUUUUGAAGAAAAAAAUGGUACGCCACUGCCUAAUAUUAAAAUUAAAAUAAUUUUUGGAAUCCUCAUUCAAUUUAGAACAAAUUUAAUUUCUUGAUUUUUUUCCGUACGACUCAUCAUAUCGCAUUAAAAAAAAUAAAUGCAUUCACACAACAUUAGCCGCUGUUUUAAGAUUAAAAAAUAGUAAAUUUUAGAUUUAGGACAUACGUUCAAACGAAGUUUUUUUUCUUAAAAUGACUCCAAGAAUCACCCCCUUAAAUAUUAGCAUGUCAUUUUGGAACACCCUGUAUGUAAAAACUUGAGUAAUUUCCAAACACAUACCCCAUUAAAAAAAAACAUCCAAAACGUAAUUUAUUAGGUACAAAUAGAAUCCGUAUAAACUAUACCUUAAGUUCUACUUAACGUUUUAUUCGACAAACAAACAAAAAAAAAUAAUAAAAAAAUAAAAUUAUCAAAUGCCCAAAUUGGGUUGUUGCGUAUUACUCGUACUGAACACUAUUUUGAAAAUCUCAUCCACGUUGGCGACGAAAUGCACCUCUAGCCCUUCGGUAAUAAAUUUCGGCAAAUCAUUGAAAUCCUUCUUGUUCUCAUCGGGCAGAAUGAUGCACUUGAUGCCCGACCUUUUCGCCUACGACAAAACACAACAAAAUAAAAAAUCUAUUCAUACAAGGUAUCCAGAAAAUAUCCCCUUAUUUUGAUAUCAUUUAUACGCUCGCGAGUUAUUGACAUCUAUUUUCUGGCCACCCUCUACUUAUAGAUAUUCUUUUACCGCUAUGGUUUUCUCUUUGAUGCCCCCUACGGGUAGGACUUUCCCCAUGAGCGAUAUCUCCCCAGUCAUGGCGACGUCCUGUCUAACCGGCUCCCCUUUUGCCAAUGACAGAAGAGCGGUGACGAUCGUACAACCGGCGCUCGGUCCGUCUUUCGGCGUCGCUCCCUCCGGCACGUGCAAAUGUAA